AUGUCAUAUUCAUCUCAACCACCCACUUAUUCUUCUACUCCAACGGAUAAGGAAAUUGCUUCGAAUGUUGGAGCAACUGAAUUUCUCGAGUUUUCUACACAAAUGACUCUUGGUAGUAUAAGUGGGGUUAAUAAAGCAACUCUUGGUGCAGACAGUUCAGCCUCUGCUACCCGAAAAAACGUGAAAUGGACAACUGAGCAAAAUUUGGUGCUAUUGAAUGGAUAUAUCAAAUAUGGAACAAACAUCGUUGUUGGCAGAAACCAGAAAAGUGAAUCAUUUUGGGGCAAAAUUGCUGAGUAUUGUAAUGAGCAUUGCUCAUUUGAUCCUCCGCGUGGUGAAGUUUCAUGCAGAAAUCAUUACAACUACAUGAACCAAAAAUUGUCAAAAUUGAUUGGCGCUUACGAUAACGCUAAGCAUAUGCAACAAAGUGGGUGGUCGGAGCAAGAUGUAUUGGCGAAAGCGCAAGAAAUCUAUUCAGGUGGUGGUACCGGAAAUUUCAAUUUAAUGAAAGAAUGGAUCGCUGUCCGUGAUCAACCACGUUAUUGUAGUCAAGUUGGAGGGAAUAGUGGCGAAAUGUACCACAUCCAUGCGAAUGUUAGAAUGUUCCGUGGUUAG